AUGGCUACAAAAGGUGGAAGGAAAAAUCUGAAGAGGGCUGUUAAUGAUGAGACAUUAACUCUUCAACCAGGCCAAAGCAUCAUGCAAGUUGUUUCUCUUCGAGGCUCCAAUCUAAUUGAGAUAAUUGAUGCCAAAGGAGACAAAGCUUUGGCGAUUUUCCCAGCUAAAUUUCAGAAAAGCAUGUGGAUAAAACGAGGUAGUUUUGUGGUGGUUGAUGAUAGUGGGAGAGAAGAGGCUGUUGAGUCUGGAAGAAAAGUGGCUUGUGUUGUUCUUCAAGUUCUUUUCCAUGAACAAGUUAGAUCAUUACAAAAGUCUCCAGAAUGGCCAGAAAUCUUUAAAUCAGCCAUAGUGGAGAAAAACCCUUCAAUAACACAGGAAAAUUGUGAGGAGCUAGAGUCUAGUGAAGAUGAUGGGCUGCCCCCACUGGAAGCCAAUACAAACAGAAGACCUGUAGAACUUUGGUCAGAUACAGAGUCAGAUUCUGAAACAGAAGAUUCUUAAACCUUCUCCUCAAUAUGAGC